AUGAUUUUUUAUAUCAAGAUUAUCUUUCUACUAAUUUUUCUUUGGAUAAAAAGUUGUUCCGGCGCAGAAAUUUCUAAUUCCCUGUUUCCAAGUACUUUAGGAAUUACGAAUCAAAAUGAAAGUAUUUUCAUAGAACAUCAAAUAGUUUCUAACUCUGAUGUAUUACUUGUUAAAUGUCCAUCUCAUUUUUACAAACACAACAAUAAUAAUUUUAAAUUUACUGUAAAUGAGCUUAUAAGAGACUUACAAGUAAAAAAAAUUGAUUCAAAGAAUGAUACAAUAAUUUGGUAUUAUAUUGUAAACCCAAAAGCUGAAAAAGAAAAUAUUAGCUUACUUUGUGGAGAAUUAAUUUUUCGUUCAGGCGGAUCUACAAGUUUAAUACAAUGGAUUGUUAAUAUUGUAUGGAAAUCAAAACCAAACCCUUUACUUACUAAUGAUACUUACAAUGCUGAAGGUUCAUUAUAUAGCCCUAAAAAGUGUAACGGCACAAAUGAUUUGCUUCCUUUUAUCAAAUAUAGUAGAACACAAAUUAUUAAAAUGUUUAAUGAUAAAGUAGAUAAAGUUUAUAAAGGUGACAUUCUAUAUGCUUUUGAUUUAACAAAAGCUAUUGGUCCAAUAGAAUAUCUUCUCCCCUGUAGUAUUGACAAACCUUACCACUCUUCUCCUGUGAUUGGAAUUGAAGAUCAUCAACCAGAAGAAAUAAAAUUUGAUAAUACAAAGAUAAGAUAUAUUAAAAAAAAUAUUAAUAAAGAAAAAUUUAAAUUUAAGUUGGAUAUCAUUAAUCAUUCACAGCGUAAGGAUUUCUUUAAAUAUGAAAAUGUCACAGCAAAUAUAAUGACGUUAACAAAAAAAGACGGACUAAAAUUAGAUAUAAAUAAAAAUGUUAUUGAAAAUGAGAUAAUUGUUGAUUCUUAUGAGAUUGUUAAAGUUCAAUAUACAUGUGACAGCUGUUCAGAAAAAAGUACUGAUUUACGAACAUUUGAAGAAACAUAUUUCUUUGCUCCAAAAAAAAAUUUAAUUGUGAAAGAAAAAAUUUCACAUUUUAUCAACGAACUGGAAUACAAACCUAAUUGUUCUAUAAAUGACUACAAAUUUGCCUAUUUCUAUUAUGUAAAAUUUGAAAAUACAAAAAGUACCAUUGAUGAACUUCGUGAUAAUGGAAAUAAAAAUUUUGUAUUAGAGAACAAUAAAGUUUUAUACAAUAAUAAAAAUCCAAAUGGAAUUCUGUCAUGUGUCUAUAAAAUGGUAAAUGAAGAAUACACUGUUUCACAACAAUAUGAAUUAAAUGUGGAAGGAGUAAUAAAAGUAGAUAACGAUGGAAAAAAAUAUCUGGCUACCAAAAAGACUAUAAAGGAUUUAGAAAAUGCAAACAAAACAAUGCUCGGUGUUGUUAUAGGAGCUACUUUAAUAGUACUUAUAGUUUUAAUAAGUUUUCUCUUCUUAAUAAGAGCAAAAAUUAUAAAUUUUAUAAAAUCAUUGCGAUCAAAACAUAAAGAAAACAGCGAAGAUAAGUAA